GAACAAAUGACAAACUGCCCAAGAAAGAGCCUCAACCUACUUCCAACUCCUUUGUCUCCCCCUCAGCGCAAGCAAUCAGCUAUCUCACCCCUCGCGAUUGAAGCUUCUAUUGGUACUUUACAAUGGCAUCAGGCUAUGGCCUCAAUGGCGGCCCGUCCCGCUGCUUUCCCUUCUGGCAAGAACUCCUCGGUUGCUACGUAAUUAAUGCCAGUGAAGGGGAUACAGGAAAGUUGAAGUGUGUCCCGGCACUGGAGGAUUACAACGAAUGUUUGCAUCAUAGAAAAGAGGCAGCGCGAAUUCGGGCCAUGCAACAGGCAUACCGGAAGGCAGAGGCGUCACAUCCCAGAGAGAAUGCGCCAAAGGCGGAACAAAUCCGUUCGUUAGGAUUACUGGGCAAGGACGAGGAAUCAAAGGCAAUACUGGCGGCUCGAUGAUCCUGUGUGUUAGGAGGGGACGGGAGAUUUUAGCAUGCAUUUGGGGAGAUAUUUUUCUGUUUUCAUAUGGGCUGGGUUUUGCACUUUUCCCCCUCUUUUUUUCUUUUAGCAGAUUUCCUGUGUCUGGCUUUCACCCAAUGGGUUUUACAAAGGGAGCGGUGGUAGCGGGAUGAGUUGUAUAGCAAUAUCUAUGAAAGAAAAACUAUGAUAUAUGUAUUUUCUACUACAUAUGAAGAAGGCAAAUAUUAUAGUGUUCCAUUUGUCCGUUUACAGAGAUACUCUCAUUCAAUUUUACGCUGGCUUUUGAUAGAUUGUUAUUACCCCGUGCAGUGCCUAAUGUCAGUGGCAGCAUCGGCCAGGCUUGGUGCAAAGGCUUCCUUUGCCGAUAAAAAUAUGGGGUUGAUGAAACCUAUCCAACGUAGUACGUAGAUUGGUUCUGGUUGCCGUUCUCUUCGUGGUUCUUCUUUGUAUUCCAUCAAUUAAAUAGCCCUAAAUUUAUU